UGACAUCCAUAGACUUCUUAGUUCAAGCAUAAUUUCUCACUUUUGGGCUAUUACAUUCCAUCUCAAAAAUAGUUUAUAGCAAGAAAUUAAUUGACCAAAAAUGGAAGAAUCAAAAGUUUGCAUGAUGGGAAACAAUCGAGGAACAAAAUGGAGUCUCCAAGGCACCACAACUCUUGUUACUGGUGGCUCUAAAGGCAUUGGGUUUGCAAUCGUGGAAGAAUUGGCAGGUCAUGGAGCAACUGUAUAUACAUGUUCACGUAAUGAAAAGGAACUACAAGAAUCUCUUGAAAUUUGGAGAAAAAAAGGACUUAAAGUUGAAGGUUCUGUUUGUGAUUUAUUAUCUCGUACAGAACGUGAGAAACUUAUGCAGACUGCUGCAAAUGUAUUUGAUGGAAAACUCAAUAUUCUGGUAAAUAAUGCAGGGGUGGUGAGACAUAAGGAAGCUAAAGAUUUCACAGAAGAAGAUUACAACAUAAUUAUGGGAACUAAUUUUGAAGCUGCUUAUCAUUUAUCUCAAAUUGCUUAUCCAUUAUUGAAGGCUUCUCAAAAUGGAAAUGUUAUUUUUCUCUCUUCAAUUGUUGGAUUUUCAGCAUUGCCCUCUACUUCUCUUUAUUCUGCUUCCAAAGGUGCAAUAAAUCAAAUGACGAAGAACUUGGCAUGUGAAUGGGCCAAAAAAAAUAUUCGUGUCAAUUCAGUAGCUCCGGGAGUUAUUUUAACCCCAGGCAUUGCAACAGCAAUGAAGAAAAGUCCUCAACUAAAGGAGGAAAAUGGUUGUGUGGUGAAGACUCCAAUGGGCCGGGCCGGAAAGCCCGAAGAAGUGGCUGCGUUGAUAGCUUUUCUUUGUUUCCCUGCUGCUUAUAUUACGGGCCAAAUCAUAUAUGCCGAUGGUGGAUUUACUGCUAAUGGUGGAUUUUAGAUAUUUACAAAUUAAGUAACUAAGUUUUUGUUUCCAAAAUAAAAAUUGUUAUUUGUACUUUAACAGUUAUCUGUAAUUUGGAUAUGUUAUCAGUUCAUUAUGCUUUGAACAAUUUCAAUGUA